AUUCAGGCCAAUCUAUAUGCCUUCCUGAGAAUUUCGAGAGUUCUUGUCUCGGUGGUUUAAAGCUAAAACCAAACGACUUUUGGCCGUUGGUAUUAUUCAUCGUCAGAUUCUUCUCUUUCCUUUCUUCUCUCCUUCUAAUUAAUUUUAAUUUCCUUUCUGAUUCUUUUAAUUUUCUAAGCCUUUUUCCAGCUUCAUUUAAUGUAUCAUCAAUUUUAUAUAGAUUAGUCGCUUCAUCAUAAGCAGCUUCAUUUAGUGGUUUUUCAAUUUGAGUACUUCUUUGUAUUAGAGAUGACCAUUUAUUAUUUGCCUCUUUUAAAUCAUUAUAGGCGUCCGUCAUCUCUUCUAUGUCAUUAUUUAACAAAUCCAGUGUUUCACAAACUUCUAAUAGGUAGUCUGGAUUUUCUUCUUCCUCCGGUUCUUUUGGAACCGGCUGGUCCAAAAUUAUCUGUAUACUUUCAGCCGCUCUUUUUGUAGCGGAUUUUAAGGGCUUACUCAUUUUUAUUUUUAUUAA